AUUUGUAUGUUUUUUAAAAAUUGUAUUUGUUAUUAAAGUUUUCUAAAUUUAGUGCAAAUUCGCAGUUGAGCGCAAAUAAAUUAUCCUUUGUUUAAAUCAUCAAAACACGCUGGUUGACGAAAAUAUUUCAUUUUUAUCCUUCAACCUGAUCAUCUUUAACCCCUGGAGCACUGUGUGUUUUGUAUAACUGUUCCAGGGACAGCAAAGGCCGCGUGUUUUUUUACGCAAAUUUCCACCUGCAAGUUGGCCUUUUCAUUGGUUGAAACCACAGUCAGAUUCUCCUACGGAAUUAUCUGAUUGAAAAUCAGGGAGGGGAGAAAACGAGAGAGCAACAAGUGUGAUGUUUUUACACUGCUUUGCUUUCCUGACAUUUAGGAAAGGAUUUUAGAAGGAGUUUUUACUCCGCCGAGCCUCUUCACACCCGAAAAACAAGGACUUUAUUAUCAUUAAGGCACUUUUAAUUUCGACGGGAACCUGUUCGGUUAACGGAUCAACAUGCCCCGUUCAUUUCUGGUGAAAAACAAAAGGUGCACGUCCUUUAACGUUCACCGAUCAUAUGAAGAAGAGCCGAAGGCCCCCAUAUGCACAGAAAACCUACCGGGGGCUCAGAGCACAGACUCUGAAGAUAGGCCGCAGUCAGAGGGUCAGUCUUCCCUUGUGGACCACUGCUCCUUUGAAAAGGAGGAGGCAGAGCUUGAAUGUCCCGUACCUGCUCACCCGGAGCCCACCAGGCCCCCUGUGGCUCCUACACAGCCAUACUACCUAAAUGAGCCUCACAUGGCCGGAUUCCCUCCCUACUACAAACCAUCUUAUGCCUGGGAGCCGCUGCCGUCCUCCUACGAGCUCCGUCAGAUGAGUUUCAGCCCCACGGUGCUGCAGCACGCCAGCAAUCUGUAUGGCACCCACAUCAGCCGCAGCCCACAGCCUCAGCAGCCUCUGGACUGCAGCACGCAUUACUCCCCCUCCUCCAACACCUACCACUGUAUCACCUGUGACAAGGUGUUCUCCACGCCCCAUGGACUGGAAGUUCACGUCAGGAGGUCACACAGUGGAACGAGACCUUUCGGAUGUAGCAUCUGCAGAAAAACCUUCGGCCACUCCGUCAGUUUGGAGCAACACAUGAACGUCCACUCUCAGGAAAAAAGCUUUGAGUGUAAGAUGUGCGGCAAAACCUUCAAGCGCUCCUCCACUCUCUCCACCCACCUGCUCAUCCACUCGGACACGAGGCCUUACCCCUGCCAGUACUGUGGCAAGAGGUUCCACCAGAAGUCUGAUAUGAAGAAACACACGUAUAUUCACACCGGUGAAAAGCCGCACAAGUGCCAAGUGUGUGGCAAAGCGUUCAGCCAAAGCUCCAACCUAAUCACACACAGCAGGAAACACACGGGCUUCAAACCGUUCGGAUGUGACAUUUGUUCGAAGGGCUUCCAACGCAAGGUGGAUCUCCGCAGGCACCAUGAGAGCCAGCACGGCUUGAAGUGAAGAGGAAACCAGCUUCAGAGUGUGUUUCUAUGUGUCAAAUCAAUGUAUUUUUAAAUAAUAAGCUGAUUAAAUUCUUGAAGGUGAUCUAACUUCAGAAAAAUGUAACGUGUAAAAUGAAGAAAUGUUUAAUAUAUUGGAAGUGAUCUUUCCAUCAAAGAUGCUUUUACAUGUUUAUGAAUAUGCUUUUUGCGGUUGAUAACAAAAGCAACACUUUAUUUUGUUUCAUAUAAUUUAUUUAAAGUAUGCUUGAGCAAUGUGCUGUGUGCUAUAUUGGCUGUGUGUGAGUUGAUAAAUGCUUUCAGUUAAAAUAAAGUGUGAAAAGUA